AUGGAUACUGGUAGCCAGGAUGCGACCGAGUUCGACUACUCGGCCUUCCUGCAGGACCAACAGGAGGACAUAGACAUCGACGACUACCUGGCCGAAGAGAGCUCGGCAUCAGCAUCGACGGCAACUCUCACGGAGGGGUCAGUGCCGCAGUCUGAGUCCCCGGCAUCGCAACACCGCACCCCCCAGCGGCGGCUUUUACCGUCUGGGCCACUCACGACGACUCGUUCGCAGCAGCACGAGUCCUGGCCCCCCGCGGCGCAGCCGAAGCAGCGGCUGGAGAGACGGGGCCAUACCAAGAGCAGGAGAGGGUGUUUUAACUGCAAGAGGAGAAGAAUCAAGUGCCAGGAGACGAGGCCUGCGUGUGGGCAUUGCGUCAAGCAGGGGCUCAAGUGCGAGUACCCUCCCCAGCACCAGGUUCCCCUAUUCAGCCUCCAAGACAUGCGCUUCUUCCAGCACUUCCUACUCAACUGCUACCCGCACCACCCGAUCGGCUCCGAAGACUUGUGGACCCACGAGAUUCCCUGCCUCUCGCAAAGGUACGAAUACCUGAUGCACGCCAUCCUGGGCUACUCGGCCUCCGACUUGAUUUCCACCUCGGAGCCGGGCCUCGCCGAAGCGGCCAUGGCACACCGGGUCAAGGCGAUCCGGGCCAUCAAGCGGGCGCUCGGCAACAACGCCGCGGCCGAGCAGCCGGGGACCGACAUGUUCGAAGAGGGCAACGCGCUGAUGGCGACGUGCUUCGCCCUGACCUUCCAGUCCGUGUUUCUGGACGACGGCAUGGCCGAGUACAUGACCUUCAUCCGGGGCAUCAUCAUUGUCGCCAUCCAGAUGUAUGUCAAGGGCGCCAAGCUGCUGUUUGGCCAUCUCCUGGGCGGCGACACGCAGAAGGAGAAGCUGGAGCCGCACAUGAGUCGGAUCCCGCUCAUCGAGAAGGUCUGGACCGACAGGGCCGUGGAGGGCAUUGAGGGGCUGGAGGGGUUGGUGGAGGGCGAAGGGAGGGAGGUGGAGAGGAGGUUCUGGGAAUUGCUUCGGGAGAUGGCGAGGAUGCUUUAUGUUAGUUCGUGGAAGGCAUACGAGGGUCUCAUGGAACACUACUCCUGGUGGAUGAUGCUGCCGCACGACCAGUAUCAACGCCUGAUCGACCCCAACAACCAGGUGUCCAUCCUCCUGGGCGCCCAUUGGGUCGCCUUGGAGCAGAUUAUGGCUGUCAUUACCGAGGCCGAGCGGAAGGCGGCCGCCAAGACGCCCAACCAGUCGCCCGGUGCGGGCAUCAGCCUGGGCACCAUCCGCUGGCUCAAGUAUCUCAACACCCAGGUGGACGCGCAUCACCACGCGUACAACAGCUUUCCGCGCUGGGUCGAGGCGCAGCUGGAUCGGGACAGGGGAUAUUUUGGCAGGUCACGCUGA